GAUAAAUUUUCUUGAGCAUACGCAUCAAGAAAAUUUUCUCUUCGUGAUUCAAUUGAAACUGUACAGUGCAGUUGUUGCGGUAUGGCUGACAUGGGCUUAAGUUUAGAUGACAUAAUUAAAAAGACUAAACCUUCAGGCAUGAGAAACAGAACAGGUGCCCGUCGAGGCUUCAACAGAGGAUCACGCGCCAAUGGUUCCAUAAGGGGUCGUGGCGCCCAUGCUCUCACAGAUGCACGUUUCAAGAUAAUACAAAAGAAUCGUGAGAAACUUACGGAUGCUAGAGAUAAGCUUGCAGAGAUCGCUAAACAAAGUGAUGCAAGAUUGAAAUUAGAUAAAAUACGAGCCUCACAUUUGAAAAGGAUAGAAACUCAAGUUCCUGGAAUAUCACGGAAAACUGGUAGAAAUGGUAGGCUUUCCUUGUCGACUAAUAAAAUUCCACCUAUGAUGCCGCAUGUAAUGCCACCAAACAACUAUAUGCCACCACCAUCUAGAACGAUAGGUUACAGACCCCCUUCUCUAGCAGAAUCUCACUAUUCUGGUGAUAUGCCAAUUGAUUAUAAUGACGAUUAUGCAGUAGAUAUUAUGCCUUUAAGACGAACUGUCAACAAUGAUUACGCGCCAACGCCUCCACCACCACCUCCAGUGUUCAGUAUUAAACCUUCGUCUCCGUACACAUGGGUAAAACCAACGGGUAAUAAUGUAACAAGGAUUGUACCGUCUCGUAAAUCCGAUGUCGAGAGAGAAAGGGAAAGAGUGAGAGAUUAUAAAAUUAUGACGCAUCCAUUUAUGACAAAGACUGUAUCUCCACCUUAUAAGGAAGACUGGUCCUUCGGCACAAAAUCACGGACUAUCUUAGCUGAAGAUUCAAUCGAUUCGAAGUAUUACGAGCCCAGAAGUCAAAGAGAUAUAGGAGUAAAAUCACGUCUUGAUUCAAUUCCAAGUAAAUCAAGAACAAUGGAUCAUUUAUCUCGACCCAAAACUAGUUCGAGUUCGUCGAGUCAAUCAACCGGUUACAGAAUCGUAGUAUCUAACUUGCAAGCUAAUGUUACUCAAGAGGAUAUAAAGGAAUUAUUCGAGGAUGUGGGAGAAUUGCUUAUUUCUAGAUUAGUACGUCCAGGAACUGCAGAAGUUAUAUACAAAACAUUAAAGGAUGCUACUAAAGCGGUGGAAACUUAUCACAAUAGACAAUUGGAUGGUCAUCCGAUGAAAUGUUUACUCGUUAAUCCUAGACCAAAAAAUAAUCCAACUGGUCCAGCUGUCAGAUCAAUUUCGGAUUCAAGACGAAGCGUUAGUUCGAGUUACGUACAACCAAGUUUAGGAGCCGUUCAUCGUGCAUUAUUUGAUGAUCCUAAUUAAAUGUAUCGGACUUGUACGUGAGGUUCUUGUACAUAAUAACGCAAAGGUAGAGGAAUAUAGGUUUGCACCGACAAAGAAUUUAUUAGAUUCUUACAAGACGACGACGAUGACGAUGAUGACAACGAUGAUGAUGAUGAUGAUGAUGAUGAUAACGAUGACGGUAAUGUUGAUGAUCUCAUAAUAUCAUAGACCGUUAAUUAUUUAAAUAUAAAAGCUAACAUACCGCGCGUACAUGCAAGUCCUUUCAUGCACAAGAAACUCUCUCAUGGGUAAUCUCUCACAUAAGUCUAAAAACUUGUCGAAAUAUUGUAAUAUUUUUACGAUUACAAUUUGAUGUAACAAAUGGCACGUUAGUUGUUUUAGCACUUAUGCAUUUUGAGACGGGGUUAAUUCUUGAAAUUUAACGGAACUCGAGCGUAAAUGUCUUUUCUUUUUUCUACUUUCCUUUUUUUAUCAUGCCCCCUGGGUCGAUGGAAUGUUCAUUCGAUAAAAAUUAAUUAAUAAAUUAUUUGAAAUGUCACGUGUGCCGGGAUCUCGUAAAAACGAACUUUAUGAAAAUAGGCGAUAUAGAUACAAAAGAUACUUAAAAAUUAAUACUAACCGCUAUUCUCUCUAAUACGACACAGUUAUUACAUAAUCGAUCAAAAUAUAUAUUUACAAAGUGUACCUAUAAUUUAAAAUUGUUUUCUUCAAUACUGUACCAUCACACGAAUAUGAAAUAAGUUAAGUUCUUCUUUUAAUACGCUCCUUUAUUCUAAACCUAAUGAACCUUUGAACAUAAUCUCACUUGGUUUUCAUAUAGAAA